AUGCCAUCUGGUAACAAACAUUUAUCUGUCCAAGAUUGGCUCGGAAUCCAUCCAAAUCCAACUUCUGUGGCGGCGCGCAUCUCCCAUGAACAGACCUUGAAGUUAUUACAGGAAAGACCAGAUGAGAUUGCGAUCCUUGAUUUAAGAAACGAUAGAUCUCCAGGAUUUUUGAAAGAAUCAAUAAAUAUCCCCGCCACAUCAUUGAACGGGAUAGAUGAAGUGAAAAAGGAGUUGAUUGAUCCUAUGAAAGAAUUCAAGUCGAACUUGCAGUUAACGAUUGUGCAUUGUAACAGCUCUAAAAAUAGGGCGACAAAGGUAGCUGGAUGGAUUCAGGAUUAUAUCAACGAAAAUAAUAUAAUCGAUUUCAAAGUUAGUGUUUUGGAUCAUGGUAUUAAUGGAUGGUUUAAACUAUCUGACCCUGUCUAUAAGCUGUAUAUUGUGCCUAUUUAA